AUGAAGCUUCUGAUAGCCCUGUCAUUCUAUGCUACAGGGUCAUAUCAAAGUUUGGUAGGGCAAAGUGCAUUUCACAAUGUAUCACAAGCCACCGUGUCAAGGGCUGUGGGACAAGUGACCAAAGCUUUGAAUGAUCCUACCAUUUACCACAAAUAUGUGAGAUUCCCAUUGGAACAGCAAGACAGGAAUGACAUAAAAGCCAAAUUCUAUCAUAAAUUUAAAAUCCCCGGGGUUCUUGGAUGCAUUGAUGGCACACAUGUGGCUAUUUUGAGACCUCACGUACAUGAAGAACGAUAUUUUAACCGAAAAGGGUACCAUUCAUUAAAUGUUAUGAUUGUAUGUGACUCUGAUCUUCAAAUCAUGUGUGUCGAUGCCAGUAUCCCUGGUGCAGCCCAUGACUCCAGUGUGUGGCAGAGUAAUCCACUUAGCCAACACUUAAUUAGUUUAGCUGGUUCCGGUGGAGAUGGUUCAUUUUUAUUAGGUGACAGUGGAUACCCCUUGCGCAAAUGGAUGAUGACACCAAUUUUAAACACCACUGAGGGAACUCCACAGCAAUAUUAUUAUGAUUUGCAUGUAACUGCGCGCAAUACUGUUGAGCGUUGUAUUGGGGUGUUGAAAGCACGGUUCAGGUGUUUGCUUGCUGCUCGAGCACUUCAUUAUGCUCCGAAUACUGCAGGGCAAAUAGUGAACGCCUGCUGUGUUCUGCACAACAUUGCGAACCGCGCCAAAAAUCCUGUCCUGCCUUUACUGCCUGAGGAAGUUGUAGCGGAGAAUUUGCGUCAAUAUCAGGUUCAAGAAGAUUUGAGAGCAGAGGCUGAGACCGUAGUAACGAUAGGUGGUCGGGUUAAUCGUGACCUGCUGGAAGGCCGGGCCAUGCAGCAGGCACUUGUGAACAAAUUGUGGGCAGAAAGAUAA